UAAUUGAGCACAUUUUACCAAUUAAGAUCUUUUCAUUCCACUCGCAUCUGAAAAGAUCUGUUCCCUACCUUAGUGGUCUGCGCUUUACCAAUUUUUUCAAAAGAAUUGGACUCCGUAAGACGACGUCUGAGCAGCACCUGCGCAGUUCAGACGAUCUUCAUCAGCAAUAUAAUACUCAUUCCACUCUUCACUCCCACUAUAUCCACACCUACAGUCACAAUGCACGCUCGAGACGCGACCGGCCGCCAGGUCUCUCUUCUGAACGAUGAUCCAUACGCAAGCCAUCAGUCAUACCACACAGCUACCCACUACCAAUCCGCCGGCGACCAAUCCCCACCGCCCCACACCCCAGAGCUCCUUCGCUCAGACUCGUAUGACUCUAACGCCAGUUACGAUGCCUACACGCCGUUGACACCUGGUAUUUACGACUACUCGUCGCGGCAAUUGUACGAUGAUUAUCUUCCGGAUCAACAGGUCGGCAUGAAGCGCCCAGUCUACGUCGCAACCAGCCGCUCUAAUUCGUAUGAGGAUGACAGCUCAGCUAGCUCCGCAGCGCCCGAGAAAGCAGGCAAACGGUACCCAUGUCGAUACCGCGAUAGUCACGGUUGCGAGAAGACAUUUACCACUUCAGGACACGCCUCCCGCCACUCCAAGAUCCACACUGCCGAGAAGGCGGUCCAGUGCACAUACCCUGGCUGCCACAAGAAGUUCACGCGCGCAGACAACAUGAAACAGCACCUCGAGACUCACUUCAAGGACAAGUCGAGAUCCUCUAGCUCAUCCAAGUCUAAGAGCUCCUCCUUAUCUUCAUCUUCUAAGCGUGGCUCAGUGUCCUCCAAGUCGUCAUCCUCCCAGAGCAGCAUACCUUCUCAUGAGGUCCAGAUGUGGGAAUCAGAUCAGUAUGGCUCCGAUGCCCAACCCCUACCUUCUCCAGGCGGUGCUUGGGAUAUGCGGGGUCUCAACAUCCCUUUGAUGAGCCGGCCAAGCGCGGCGAGGACCAGCAGUGGACUAGACGCAUUAGCAGCCAUUGCUUGUCAAGAAGGCGCCUAGGAUUUCCCGCAACCUGCUUUAAUUUUUACGUCGGCUCAACGCCGGGCGGUACUCGGUGUCCAGUUAAUGAUGGGGUAAUGAACUCACCGUGUUCCUCCCUGUACACCGCAGGGUUCGGUGUGAAGGGGAAUCAAUU